AUGCUAGGUUUACUGAGAUUUGAGUUACGACUAUUGAAGUUCUUUGAAACUCAGGGUGUGUACAUGCUUUCUUUUGGUGUGAAUGAAGGCGUCCACAAUGCAUGGAAAUACAAAGUUCCGCAAUUGUUUAUGGAAAGUGAAUUAGUUCGGCAACUGGUGUUUGCAUUUGCUACUGUUGCUUUAAGUGAUAAUAUACCGAUACCUGAGGUGCAAAGUUUGGACAUGGAAGAUGCUUCGGACAAAUUGGCUAUACAGCAGAAAACCCGUGAGCUGGAUUCUGCGACAGUGGAUAAUAUGUAUUUACAAACCAUGUCCCAUUUUUUAGACACUCUUGCAAAAGCUCAAGAAAGAAAUCGGCAAGUAGGGUUGUCAAAUUCCUUUGAAGAUCCAUUCACAGCAAUGGAAUUGAAAGUUUCUAGCACUUUGAUUUUUGCAUUGUUGGGAAUUCAACCAUAUGGCUUUAUCAAACUUAUAAAUUUCAACCGCGAUAACGAGGAAACAGAUCUUGUCACUUUUGCCAAAAGUACCAGAGAUAUAACUCUCAAUUGGGCAAGCACGUUACUACAAUCUAAAAUAGGUGGGCUCCUAUACUUGCGAAUCAAUGAGAAUACUCAAAGUCCAAGAUCAAAAGAAUGUAAUUAUCCCAUAAUCAAAUACCUUUUACAACAGUUAUACCAAUUUCAAGAUUCAACAAAUGAAGACAAAGUGGCCAACGAAAUUUCACAAUUGUAUCAAACAUUACAAUUGACACUCGAUUGCUUGACAAAAGCACUAUUUAGUUGCCAGUACUAUAGGUUCCCCCUCCCGUUGUUUCGUUUCCUUCUGGUUGUCCCUGAUGAAUUUCGAACAUUGCUUUAUGCAAAGCAUCCUUUUGCAUUGAAAGUGUUGUACAUUUAUGCUAGUUUGUGUUUUGUUGCCCGUUUUCAAAUGUUUAAACAAUACAAUAUCUGGCGAGAUUUUGUUGUUUGGUAUGAGCAUGAAAUCGGGCUAACUGAUACAGUGGAAAGAAGUUUGUUCAAGCUCGUGGUUGAUCAGUGCUUUGUCGUUACAAGUUAUGAAAAGUUUCCAUUAUUCGACCCCAUCGAAUUGAUGUAG